CAUAGCGAUUGUGUUGAGCUCUCUUUGUGUUUCUAAUCUUAUGGUCUCUCACCGAGCUGGCGCGUCAGCUAUGGUGGAAUCCGCUCAGAAUACAGAGGACGAUGGCCCGACAGGGAAUCAAAGGUCCUCCCUAUAGGUUCCUCCAUGGGAGCACGAGGGAAACAAUGAAGAUGAGAAUGGAAGCCAGAAGCACGCCCAUGGACGAUCUCUCUCAUGACAUACUCCCUAAGGUUCAGCCUCACAUCGACUCUUGGAUCAACACAUACGGGAGGAAUUACAUAAAUUGGUACGGGGCGCAAGCUCAAUUGGUCAUCACUGAGCCAGAGCUGAUUAAGGAGGUGCUAAUCAAUAGAGACAAAACGUUUCCGAAAACAGUACCGAGGAGCUUCGCCAAGUAUCUUUUGGGAGAUGGGCUCGUGUCAACCAUAGAUGGGGUAAAGUGGGCAAAGAAGCGUAGACUCGCCAAUCACACUUUCCACGGGGAAAGCCUCAAGAACAUGGUUCCAGCGAUGGUGGAUAGUGCUCACGUGAUGCUAGAGAAAUGGAAGCAACGAGAAGGGGAAGAGAUUGAGGUGUUUGAAGAAUUUAAGUUGCUGACCUCCGAAGUGAUUUCAAGGACAGCUUUUGGGAGUAGCUACGUUGAAGGGAGAAACAUCUUUGAGAUGAUGACAAACUUGGGUUUGUUAGUGUCCAGGAAUGCUUUGCGCAUGAGGUUCCCGGGAAUAAGUAAGAUUUGGAAGACAGUAGAUGAGAUUGAAGCCGAGAAGCUCAAGAAAGGCAUACAUGUUGCAAUCUUGGAGAUCGCCAAGAAAAGAGAGAAGAAGGUGAUGGCUGGGGAAGCAGAUGACUAUGGGAAUGAUUUCCUUGGGCAGCUUGUGAAGGCUUAUCAUGAUAAUGAUGAGAGCAAGAAAAUCAAUCGACGAUCUGGUGGACGAGUGCAAGACAUUCUAUUUCGCUGGACAAGAAACCACCACCGCAAUGUUGACGUGGGUCAUAUUCCUCCCUAG